UGUAGCUCAUACCACUUUCACAAACCCAAUUCUUCUUCUUAUUGACUGCUUGAAUCAAUUAUUGUUCAUAUGAUGGCCAUGAAAAUGAUGACUGCAGAUCCUCUUGCUGUUGGAAGGGUGAUUGGAGAUGUCAUUGAUUGCUUCACUCCAGCAGAAAAAAUGACAGUCACUUAUAACUCCAACAAGCAGGUCUUCAACGGUCACGAGUUCUUUCCUUCCGCAGUAACCACUAAACCCAGAGUUCAGGUUCAUGGCGACGAUAUGAGAUCUUUCUUCACUCUGGUCAUGACAGAUCCGGAUGUUCCUGGCCCAAGUGACCCAUACCUGAGAGAACACUUACACUGGAUAGUCAGUGACAUUCCAGGCACGACGGAUACCUCAUUUGGAAAAGAGUUGGUGAAGUAUGAAAUGCCAAGGCCGAAUAUAGGGAUACACAGGUAUGUGUUUGUGCUAUACAAACAGAAACGCAGGCAGACAGUGAUGAAAGUACCUACUUCAAGAGACGGAUUCAACGCAAGAAAAUAUGCCGACGAGAACGAGCUCGGACCUCCGGUGGCUGCCGUGUUCUUCAAUGCUCAGAGGGAAACUGCUUCCAGGAGACGUUAAACUGAAACUAAACCAGUACUCAUGUGUGUCACGGGACAUCUGCACUGCAUCAUCCCUCAUAUCUACCUAGUAAUGGCUUUGUGUAUUUGUGUGUGGUAGCCAGAAUGAACUUAUAGAGGGUUUUAGCUUGUUUCGAGGUAAUUAGAAUUGCCAAAGAUGCAGGGCAACUUAUCCCUCAUUGUGUGUGUUGCAUCUGUUUUUUUAUUACGGAAGUGUUUCCAGUUUCUGUUGAAUUCUCAAUUAGCUGUAAGAAGCAAUGUUAUGUACGGUAGUCAAGUUUGUUUAAUUUGUAGGUGUAAUGGUACUCUUGGAACACCUAAGCAACUUCGUGCGUAUUUUGACGAGUCAGGGCCAUACAUAUUACACCAUAGUAAAAUUGACCUUGUCUUUAUUAUCUAAGC